AUGGUGGUGCGGAACAGCUUGCUCGUUGCGGCACUCGACAAGAUCGAUCAUCAAGACAUCUCUCACGUCUCAAUUGCUCAUGACAAUCGACUUUGUCACUCGGAUCCGAGCAAAGUAAACGUGGUUUCGUUUCGUUUGCGCUUCUUAUCGCAACUACUGUUCGUCGUCCAGCAUCACGAGUCCAAAUCGAUCGGACACCUCGAUGGCGAUCAAGAUAUUCUUAACUUUGUCGAGCUUUGCACAACGGCUGCUUUGUCUCCCUCUGAGGUCGCCAGCAAAAUCGACCACGUAGCUGUUGCAGUUGAGGAGGGAACUGCCUUCCGAGUCACAACGACACUCCAGCAACUAUUCGGUCUUCGUCGUCUGUUCUGUCAUGGCGAAGAUCGCGGAUCGCCCGAGAAGGGCCUCAUCGUGGAACAGCCACAAGCGGGGAUGCGUAUGUUUACGCUCCUGUCCACUAGCGAUGAUCCACAAGAUCUAGAGACUUCCGAAUCCGGCUUGACCUCUCACGCUUCGGACUUCUACUUUGCAAUAGUAGAGCCUUUGCGUGGCAAGAAGGGGCAAGUUUAUGAUUUUGUCGAACGUCACGGCGCCAACAUUCAACACAUUGCCUUCAGGACGGACGACAUAGUUGCAGACGCACAACGUAUUCGCUCGCUCGGCAGGAUCAAUUUGGUACGCGCUCAUCGUGAAGCUGCCGAGCCUAGUCUAGCCAUCACCUCGUCUGAUCCGAUCGCUUUUGACCAGGUCCUUCAGCGCAGCUCAGAAGGCAUCCUUGUCCAUGCACGCUCUCACAGUAAGCGGUCUGGUGGACAGCAGAGAGAUUUCAUCAGCCUGCUGUCUCAGAUCUUCACCGCCGCCUUACACCCUCAAGCGGAGAUUUUCUUCGAGAUCAUUGAACGGAAGGAAUACCGGGGCUUCGCCCCUGCCAACAUAGGGGGCCUGUUCCGGACGAAGGGAGAGACGACAUCCAUUCUCUAUGUUGAUGAGAUGCUCGGCGGUGAAGACGUUCGUGCCUGGGCUCAAGACCACGCCAGACAAGGCGUCAAUAUAGAUGUGCUUCACCUCAACUGUUCUACAGAGGGAGCUCUGGUGCGAUUCCUCCAGCAUACGUCUCGACGCUUCGACGUGCUCGUUUCCAGCUUUGUACCCAUCUCCGACAAUGUUCUGGCCACCUUCGCGCCUGCUUCGCUGCCCAAGCUCAUUCAAGCUCAGGGAGUGGGGUACAAUCACAUCGACCUCCGAGCUUGCAGCCAGCGAAAUAUCGCAGUGGCAAACAAUGCCGACUGGUGUUCGGCAGAGGUUGCUGAAUUUUGUCUUGCUGCUGUCAUCAGCAGGUGGACUCGGCAGGGCGCUGCUGACUUUCGCACACACGGGUGGGCACGACAACCCCAUUACCUGGAAAGACACUCGUUGAGUCAUGCGCGUCUCUUGAUCGUUGGCUGCGGACUUAUCGGUGGCCAUCUUGCUAGUAUCUCCAGCGCCGUUGGUAUUCAAGUGGACGUGUUUGACACCCGUCAUCCAGAGUUGCAUCAGCGGCCUCUACAAAGCCUCGUCCAAGAUGCCGACUUCGUAUCGAUCCAUCUUCCACUCGAUGAAGGUACCACAAAGCUUUUCGACGAGUCGCUAAUUGGCAAGAUGAAGCCCAAUUCCUGGCUCAUCAACACUGCACGGGGUGCCAUCGUGGACGAAGCAGCGCUCCUGCAAGCAAUCGAGGAGAAUCGCGUAGCCGGCGCUACGUUGGACGUGAGUAUUGAUAGCUUCGUCGACCAAGUGUGUGUUGACCAGGCAUACCUAACUUUCUUGAUCUACCACCCGAUACAGGUAUUUGACCAAGAGCCUCUGACCACCGACUCCAAUCUGCUCAAAGUCACGCAGAUCAAGUGUACGCCCCACAUUGCAGGCUUGACCAUAGAGUCGGAGUCUCGUGCAUGCAAAGGUGUCACCAAGAACGUUGACUUGCUCUCACGUUUGGGUGCAGCCCAUUGUGAACGUCUCAUCGUGAUCCCUGACUUGGACAGCUCAGUCAGCGGCGAGGGGAAAGCUUCCUCAGAAUCAUCUCACACAGGAUCGUAUGGCUCGCAGAGCUCGACACUUGCUUCGUCGCACGCUGGUCAUAGCGACACCGAAGGGAAGCCCAUGCACACGAUGCGGGACAUAUUCGACUCCGUCAACGAGGAGAGGAUCAAAAGGAACACUCGCAUUUUCAAUCUAUCUGCCGGUAUGGUCGAGGUUGAGCCAUGCAACGAACUCUUACACCAGGCAGCCAUAUCUGUCAUGAAGCCUCAGUGUUCGAGCGCCGAAGUACCAUGGCUACACAUGUACAGGGAGCGUAAAGGCGACUCCGAACUCAGACAUCAGCUUGUGAAGCUGCAUGCAUCAGGUCGCUAUGGACCUGGCAAGGUCAACCUUAGCUGCGACAACUUUCUAAUCUGUAGCGGGGUUUCAGGUGUGAUUACCAGCAUCUUGAGUGCUUGGCGCACCUUGAAUGGCUACCGGCGCAAACCACGUAUCAUGCUUUUCGUCCCCUACUAUACUUAUCACCUUGAAAUCGCCAACGGUAUUUUUGGCAGAGAAGGUUACGAGCUCAUCACGGUCCCCAUGAGGAUCGACUCCGAAAACGGUUGCACCUACGAUCGGAACGCUACCGAAAGAGUGCUCUAUGAACAAGGCUGUGGUGCAGACAUCUGCAUCCUUACCAACCCCCACAAUCCAAGCGGCCAUGUGCUCACCGAAGAUGAGGCCCAGUGGCUCGAAGGUCUCGUCCGCCGUUACAAGGACACCUGGUUUGUGUCAGACGACAUUUACGCCGACAUGGUCUACACAAGCCCUGACGGCAUCCAUCGCUCGCUCUACGUUCCAGAGGCAGACAAUCUCUUUGUCGCUUACGGUUUCAGCAAGUCAUUGGCGAUAGGAAGUUGGCGCGUUGCCUACGUCAUUGUCAGCCAGAAUCGCUUCGAGAUGAUGGCCAAGGAACAUGACCGCUUCUACAUCUCUGCACCUUGGACACAACACGCCAUAGGUCAAUAUCUCAUGAAGAGACCGCAAGCAUUCGAUGCAUUCGUCACUGCAUGGCAUCGUCGUUUGACAUACAACACCAGAGUCGUCGGCCAGGCGUUCGAAGCAGCUCUGGGCUGGAAGGCCAUUAACGCACAGGCUGGCAUGUAUCUCCUCCUCGAACAUGACCAAGUGGACGACUGGCAGGCUUUUCAAUUGGCACUCGCCAAAAACAUUGCCGUUGCCCCAGGCUGCUUGUUCGGUCUGAGCCCUGGCUUUGUUCGCAUUCAUUUGGCCUUCAGCCAAGCCCAGGCCGAUCUGGUAGCCGCCUCGCUGUUGGGUUGA